ACAUGGGAGUCGGUAUAUAAGAGCAGUCACGUCUGGGAGAAGCACAGUCGAUCCAUUCCUCUCUCAAGUUUUUCCAUCAUGGCUCUGAGAUUUGUGGUGUCGUUGGCGGUCGUGGCCAUUGUGCUUGCUGACCAGAGCUCCCAUGUCAGUAUCAGCCACGGCGGCGGCACCCCGGCUGUGAGCCACAGCUCCUCUGUCCCACACAGGGCGGCUCCUAGUCCAGCUCCUCCUCAUGGACACCGUCCUUCCUAUACACCAAGACCUACCUAUCCCCCAAGACCUAGCUAUACCCCACGACCUACCUAUCCCACAAGGCCUACCUACACCCCAAGGCCUACAUACGCCCCACGGCCUAGCUAUCAUCCCCAACCUUCCUAUCACCCAACACCGGCCUACGGACAGCAGCCUUCCUACGAUGCUGAGCCCGCUUGUGCUGCUGCCAGUUCCAAGCCCUGGUGCCUCGAGGACAAUGAAUAUCCCACCUAUGAAAUAGAGAAGGCUGCCGGCGACCAUAGCGACAAACUUCUCACCCUGUACGCUGACGUGGCUGACCUGGACACCAAGCUUUCCGUCGAGCGUCCCAACAACCUUUAUGAGGAGACUUACCUCUGUCCCUCAGAAACUGCCUACGUCAGGCCUCUCCGUGCCAAGAACACCGACGGCAAGUGGCGCAUCAUCGUCAACAACAUUAAGGUGCACUACCAAACUCUCACCCAGACCACCCGUAUCGAGGAGUGCCUGACCUCCGGCGACGCCUGCCCCCUGGUGCCUGUGUGUUAUGAGUCCAAGUGCCUGCAGAAGUCCAUCUACCACCGCUUCCUCGUCUACGACCCAUAUGAUCAGUACUUCCCCUUCGCCAUCGAGACCUUCAAGCUGCCCGCCAGCUGUGCCUGUCUGCUCGGCGCCUACACCAUCGACCACUAAGGCCAACACACCACAAAUCUCUCGCUAGAAAUAAUGAAUAAUCGAACCUAGAACUAUUAAUGUCUUGUGAGUCUUAGUCUUCCAUCUUGUGUAGUCUAGGAGCACGAGCGGGUGGUUCCCUGUGGCGGCAACACAGCUGCUGCAGGAGCCACCGUCCCUGGCAUCAUUCACUCAAUAAUAUGAAGAAAGCAGUUCUCUAGUCAUCUCGAUGUGAUAUGAUACAUAUUCCCAUGUUUUAUUUUUUAUCUAUUUAUGCAUUUCAUGAAACUUCAGCUUCUGGCAUGGAAUAAAACAAUAAAGUAUUAAGCAAUGUU